AUGACGGUAGCCAGGCGGGUGGCUUUCCUAGUUUGAGGUACUCCACAUUUAUUUAAAUAAUUAUGAAUUAAUUGUGUCUCAGAACGAGUGAAUCUCUUUGGAUAAAAUUGACGCCUGAAAUUUCACUUUCGUCAACUUAAUUAGUAUAGCUGUCGGUGAAAUGACAACGUACGAAGAGUUCAUCCAGCAAAAUGAAGAUCGUGAUGGAGUCAGGUUCACAUGGAACGUCUGGCCAUCAUCCCGGAUCGAAGCUACACGGCUAGUAGUUCCUCUUGGAACUCUUUACCAGCCGAUCAAGGAACGCCUUGAUUUGCCUCCUAUACAGUACGAUCCAGUUCUCUGCACAAGGUCAACAUGCAGGGCGAUUCUGAAUCCACUUUGUCAAGUAGAUUACCGUGCCAAGCUCUGGGUUUGCAACUUUUGCUUCCAAAGAAACCCAUUUCCUCCGCAAUAUGCAGCCAUUUCGGAGCAGCAUCAACCUGCCGAGUUGAUACCAAUGUUUUCCACCAUUGAAUAUACAAUUACCAGGGCGCAGUGCCUUCCACCAAUUUUUUUACUAGUAGUCGACACUUGCCUCGAUGAAGAAGAACUUGGCGCUUUGAAGGACUCACUACAAAUGUCUCUGUCUCUUCUCCCACCAAAUGCGCUCAUCGGAUUAAUUACAUUUGGAAAAAUGGUGCAGGUUCACGAGCUCGGUUGUGAUGGAUGUAGUAAAAGUUACGUCUUUCGAGGGACCAAGGAUCUGCAGCCUAAACAGGUUCAAGAUAUGUUGGGUAUUGGAAGACCUGUUCCUGGUCAGAAUCCCAAUCAACAAAGAGUUCCAGGGGGUCAGCCUGUCUCUCCAGCAAAUAAAUUCCUACAGCCUGUCCAUAAAUGCGAUAUGAGCUUGACGGAUUUGUUAGGGGAGCUGCAGAAGGAUCCUUGGCCAGUAGGUCCUGGUAAACGACCUUUGAGAUCAACUGGUGUUGCUCUUGCCGUUGCAACUGGCCUGUUGGAAGCUAGUUACGCAAACACAGGAGCAAGGAUCUUGCUGUUCGUUGGUGGCCUAUGCAGUCAAGGUCCAGGUCAAGUCGUCACAGAUGAUUUGCGUCAGCCGAUCCGAUCCCAUCACGAUAUUCACAAGGAUAAUGCAAAGCACAUGAAAAAGGCGACAAAACACUACGAUAGCUUAGCUACGCGUGCAGCAGCUAAUGGACAUAUCAUUGAUAUUUAUUCUUGUGCCUUGGAUCAGACCGGCUUGCUUGAAAUGCGACAAUGCUGUAACUCUACAGGAGGUCACAUGGUUAUGGGAGAUUCCUUCAACUCUUCCCUUUUCAAGCAAACGUUUCAACGCGUAUUCUCCAAGGAUCCAACAGGGGAUUUGAAAAUGGCAUUUAAUGCAACAUUAGAAGUUAAAACCUCGAGGGAAAUUAAGGUGUCCGGUGCAAUUGGCCCAUGUGUUUCCCUUGGUGUUAAAGGACCCAGCGUGGGUGAGCAAGAAGUUGGCUUGGGUGGCACUUGCCAGUGGAAGUUCUGCUCUCUCAAUCCUUCGACCACAACGGCUAUUUUCUUCGAAGUAGUUAAUCAACAUGCUGCACCUAUUCCUCAAGGAGGAAGAGGAUGCAUUCAAUUCAUCACUCAGUAUCAGCAUAGUAGUGGACAGAGAAGAAUCAGAGUUACCACUAUUGCCAGAAACUGGGCUGACGCGUCUACAUCUUUGCAUCACGUAAGCGCAGGUUUUGAUCAAGAGGCAGCUGCCGUUCUCAUGUCUCGGCUCGCAGUAUUCAGAGCCGAAACCGACGAUGGCCCCGACGUUCUUAGAUGGGUGGAUAGAAUGCUCAUCCGACUUUGCCAAAAAUUCGGGGAAUACGCGAAAGAUGAUCCUAACAGCUUCAGGUUGGCAGAGAACUUCUCUCUAUAUCCUCAGUUCAUGUAUCAUCUCAGGAGAUCCCAGUUCCUGCAAGUUUUCAACAAUUCACCCGACGAGACUAGCUUCUACAGGCAUAUGCUUAUGAGAGAAGAUUUAACGAACUCCCUCAUCAUGGUGCAGCCCAUCUUGUACAGUUAUGGAUUUGGAGGUCCUCCAGAGCCAGUCCUCUUAGACACUUCAUCUAUACAACCAGACAGGAUUCUUCUCAUGGAUACCUUCUUCCAGAUCCUUAUAUUCCAUGGAGAAACAAUAGCUCAAUGGCGCCAGCUCAAGUACCAGGAGCUACCAGAGUACGAAAAUUUCCGACAACUACUCGCUGCCCCUGUGGAUGAUGCUGCUGAAAUUUUAGCGGGAAGAUUUCCAGCUCCUCGGUAUAUUGAUACUGAGCAGGGCGGUUCUCAAGCGCGGUUCCUUCUCAGCAAAGUGAACCCCAGUCAAACACACAACAAUAUGUAUGCUUACGGAGCGGGGAUGCCGAUGCCCAGCGGGGAAAGCGGAGCACCGGUUCUAACGGACGAUGUCAGCCUUCAAGUAUUUAUGGAGCACUUGAAAAAAUUGGCGGUAUCCUCCACUGCGUAGACUCAGAACGGAUAGGAUUAGUUGAGAAAAAAUUCCUUUUAUAUUGAAUAUAAAUUAUAAUUGGUUAGCUUAUGGAACUGUGGCUCGUAAGUGUAUCAGUUUAUGAACUCUACCAUUCACGAGUGCGUCACAGUGCAUUUAAUUUUUCUGUAAAUGAGUGAUUAUUAUGCAACUAUGCCAACAACUUUGUACCUUGUGUCGCUGGCGUGAACUGUAAAUGGAAGAACAUGUGUGAAUUCUGAAUAUAUUAUCAUGUAUGUUACUAAUAA